GCAUGAGAAGCCGGGCGCCAGCGCUGCUGGUGCUGCCGUUUCCGGUGCUGGCACUGGCACGGCUUCGGCGGCGACCACGGGCGGCGGAGCCGCGGCCGCGGCUGCGCCUGUCACGGGAUUCGGUGAGACGCCGGGCCCGGGGGACUACGAGAUCGAGGCGCUGCUGGGCAAAAGAUCGCCAAAGUACUCGGCAGGGAAGAAAUUCGACUCAGGCGAGGCCGAGAAAUGCCCAGGGCCUGGUGACUACUGGCAGGCCUUUGGGUCUUCGAAGAAGCUGGGCCUUUGGCGGCUGUAG